AAUAAGUACUCGGCUCCCGGCAGCGUUGCCGUCAUGGGGAAGGACUAUUACAAGAUUCUGGGCAUCCAGAGCGGCGCCAAUGAGGAUGAAAUUAAGAAAGCCUAUCGGAAAAUGGCCCUGAAAUAUCACCCUGAUAAGAAUAAAGACCCCAAUGCUGAGGAGAAGUUUAAGGAGAUCGCAGAGGCUUAUGACGUCCUAAGUGACCCCAAGAAACGAGCCGUUUACGACCAGUAUGGGGAGGAAGGUCUCAAAACCGGAGGUGGCUCUUCAGGUGGCUCAGGGAACACUUUCCACUACACCUUCCAUGGAGACCCCCAUGCUACGUUUGCAUCCUUCUUCGGAGGCUCCAACCCUUUUGACAUCUUCUUUGCCAGCAGCCGCUCCCGGAUGUUCAAUGGCUUUGACCAGGAAGACAUGGAUAUGGAUGAUGACGACGACCCUUUCAGUGCCUUUGGCCGGUUUGGCUUCAACGGCAUUAAUGGGGUUCACCGGCGGCACCAAGAGUCUCUGCACACACGGAGGAAGGUCCAAGACCCACCUGUCAUCCAUGAGCUCAAGGUGUCACUGGAAGAGAUCUACCAUGGAUCCACCAAGAGGAUGAAGAUCACGCGCAGAAGGCUCAACGCUGAUGGCCGGACCAUGCGGACUGAGGACAAGAUCCUAAACAUUGUCAUCAAGCGAGGUUGGAAGGAGGGAACCAAAAUCACAUUCCCCAAAGAAGGAGAUGCCACCCCAGACAACAUCCCUGCUGACAUUGUCUUCAUUCUCAAGGACAAGCCUCACUCGCACUUCAAGAGGGAUGGGACAAACGUGAUCUACACGGCAAACAUCAGUCUUAAAGAG